UAUUGUGUGUUUGGGGAUUUUUUGGGGGUUCCUAUCGGGAUGCAGGAAGGUUUUUCGGUUUUCUUUUUUGGGAAGGUUCUGCGUUGGUGGUUUUCGGUUAGAUAUCCUGUAUUAUGAAUGCUUUGGUGAAGUCGGCUUGUGGAGAUCGUGCAAUUGGUAUUACUUAAAUUAGUGGUGAACAAAUCGUAUGAAUUUCAGUUGAACAUCUACGUAUUUCAUGUUUAAAUGUAAAUACUACGCGUCCAAUCCAAACCAGGUUCUCGCUAGAUAGGGACCAUACGGUACCCAAUCGGAGUGUAAUCAGUUGUCGGUGAUUGUUUAGUGAUAAGAGCAGCCAAAUGAUUGAAACAAAACAGAAACGGCGAUAGAAAGAGGCGCGUAUCUCGUACCAAUAAACGUGCGAACGAGCUGGCAUUCGGUUGUGAUAAAGCAAGGUGAUGAGCCAACGAAAACAAACAGAUACGCCGACAGAGAAGAGAAUCGAGCCGUUUUUUAUCCGAUACAGCAACAGUCAGUGUACGAUUGAUAGCCAAGUGAUGAAACAAAGUGCGCGAAAAUUGUCAUCUGACGUCCGUGUGUGUUCUCAAUUGUCAUCCGACCAUCAGUACUUAUACUACGUAUAUUUGUUAGUUGAAAAAAAAAAAAAUCAUCAAAUGAAAACGCUCCAAAAGGAAGUUGCCUAUAUUAAAUCAAACCAAUUGUGCCUAAUCAAAACGCGCGCCAACAGUGAAUCUAAAAAAAGAGAGUGAAAUGUCCGCGUCGCGUUUGUGCCAGAAUGCAUUUUGAUGAUGAUGAUCACCGUAGCACAAAAGUGACGAGAAGCAAAUCCAGAAUCCAAGCGCGGUGAUGGAGAUUGUAGCGAAUUCUAGUGCGAUUUUGGAGCAGCAAUCAACUAUUUAGUUAGCCAAUGGGAUUUUGAUUGGAUUUCAUGAACCACCACGCGUCUCCACCAUCGUGUGCAAUUAGUGUUGUAGCAGCAGCAGCAACAACAGCAGUGAUGCCGAUAGGAACGUGAAACCAAAGCCAAUAGACAUACAAUCUAUUCAAUGAAGCAUCACGAGUGAAACUUCAGUCUAAUCUACUUUCAUAAAGUUUCUUAAUAAUUUAAAACCUAUUUAUGUAUUUAUGUAACCUGUAAGCAACCUAAUUUAUUUAUUUAUUUAACUUAUUCGCCAAAAAUCUCGAUUUAAAACAAAACAAAAAAAAAGUUAAAAAUUCAAUCGUUCAGUAAAACUUCAUCACACGCGUUCGAGUCAGUAAGGUUAAUUUAAACGUAAAAAUAAAAAUUCCGACAAGUCAUUAAAUCUAGAAUCGUUUUGAGAAAACAAACCAACAAACGCAAAAACCAAACUAAACAAACGACAGAAAAGUACAAAUUUAACUCUAAAAGCAACCAAAUCUAUAAAAAAAAAACAAAAUCAGUCAAAAUUAAGAGUUGACAAUAAGUUGAACCAAAAGCGGAGUUUUUCGAAAACAGCGGCACAAAUCUCUCAACCGGAGGCAGUAUUAUUUCGCAAACUGACAAAACAAAAGCAAAACAAGUACAAAUACAACCACAAAUAAGCAAAUCCAGCAGAAAUAUAUGAAUGCAUAAGCACACAUAAAUAGUUAAAACCACAAACAGAGCAAACCAAUACAGAGUAAUAGUCUAAAAGCCACACAAAACAAAAAAAAAACAGUGAACGUGUUCAAAUAGCUACCAAUCUUAAGUGAAAAUGUUACCUUUAUGGGGGCGACCGAUGCAAGAAAGUGAGUGUUGAUUUUUGAUACGAAAAAAAACCGAAAGAGUGACAAAACCCAAUAUUUACCCUUGUCGUCGUCGUUGUUGGAUAUAAUAACCGGAAGAAAGCGAAGAAAAUUAGUGACAAAUAUACCAAAAAAAGAGCUCUAUUACACAUAAGUAAAGCAGUUCGGAAGAAGAAACCAGUGUUGCCAGUGUUCAAAAUCUACCUCUCAGGAUACCCAGUGAACAGAAAACCAGUGAGCUUUUGUCAGGAUAACAAAAACCAGGAGUUUCAAUUCGGUUCCCGUAUUUCGUUUUCGGAAGAAUAUUUUCGGUUUCUCUAGUCGUCGCCAAGUGAUUCGAAGAAAAAGCGCGUUGUGAUCAAUUAGUGUGAACCCAAAGCAAUAGACGGACUAAGAUGUAGCAUGACAUCAAUGAUGAGUGCUAGCACUGCGGAGGAAACUGCCGACCAUAGUUUACCUUCGUUUGCCUCAUUUUCGGCGGAGCUGGAGCCCUCAUGGGAUUACUACGACCGUCAGGAGCGUUCAAACGGUUCUACCAACGGAGGUGAUGUAAUAUCCUCCCAGACAAGCAAUAGUAGUUAUACCAGACCUUGGGAAAUGGAUUCCAAGGACCAUCGUGCAGCUGCAAUCACCAAUGGCGGUGGCGGCGGGGGCUUCGAGCCGUUUCCCAAGCUGCCGUCAUUCCAAAGUCAGUUCCAUGGCUACACCGAUACAGCCAUGGUCACUCCGGAGCCAAGUUUGCCACAGGUUACAGCCGUUCCCGUACCGAUUUCACCGAGUUCUGCUUCACCCGGUACGGGAGGCUCCCUAACUCAGCUGACACAGCUGACCCCAACGCCACUCCCGACACUGCAAGGUGGACUCACGCCGAUCGGGAGCUCCGGUUUCCACACGUUGAGUGCCGUCAACCCACGUCCGUACCCACUCGUACCUGCACCGAUCCAAGCUCGUGAUAUCUCCGCCAUUAACCAGCAGUACAUAGACGAACGUCACAUCCAACUGUAUCAGCCGAUCUCCAGCUUUCAACACCAGACCAUUCCCACCGUUACUGUGCUCAAAAACGAAGUCGUCGACUUCGACUUGUCAACGCUCAAGAAUGGCACCAUCCACCACAGCAACUUCCAAAGUUCGAUGUUGGAGAGCAACGUCUUCGUUCAAAACGGAGCCUCGAACCCAACAUCAGUCCUCCAUCAUCAUCACCACCACCAACAGCAACCCCACCAACCGCAACACCACCAGCACCAUCAAACCGUGCACCAGCUGCAUCAGCCGCAGCACAAUCUGGUCACUCCGUCGAUCCAGGAGCACCACAUCACCAACAACAGCAAGCUGACCAGCUCGACUCCGGGCCUGGACAGCAGUACCGGUGCCAUUGGUGGUGGCAUAGGCGGAGGCCUGGGCGGUGGAGGCGGUCAGUCGGCGCAAAUAUCACGGAUCGCUGACAACCGCAAGAAAGAACGGCGGAAAAUACGGGCGCCCUCGCUCGAGUCCAGUGCCGAGUCCGAGGGCAGUGCAAUGGAAAUCGGCGAAAGUGGCAAUCCGGGACAGGUGGCGGCCAUAUCGAGUACGGCCAACUUCAAGAGUCCGAUGCAUACGAUGAGCAUGGACACGGACGAUGGUGGGAUGCCGGGCGAGAAGCAGACCAAGAAAAAGCGCAAACGCUGCGGCGAAUGCGUCGGCUGCUCCCGCAAGGACAACUGCGGUGACUGUGCGCCCUGUCGGAACGACAAGAGCCACCAGAUCUGCAAGACUCGGCGCUGCGAAAAGCUGACCGAGAAAAAGAUUCUCUACGGUCCCGAUGGCCAACUGCUGAAACCAGAGUCGAAACGUGGCCGAGGCAAGGGACGAUCCGCCAAAGCCAAACAGGCCGCCGACGCAGCCAGCGCGGCUAGUGGUGAAGGUGGCAGCAAUGCCGCCGGCACUCCCAAUGGCGGAGCAGGAGGCGCCACCACCGAUGCCAAUGGAGCGGUCGUGACGUACGAUGACAACGGGCAACCUGUGCGCGAAGGAAAACGAGGCCGCGGAAGAGGACGCGGUGGCGGGGUAUGUAAACUUAUGAAGCUAAUCAUUAAAACGAGUCAGGUAAAUACUUCUAUCUUGGUAUACAUACCCGAGCAGGAAUGAAUAACUGACACAUAACUGGAGCAUACCAAAGUCAGGUAUCAUACCAAAACCAGGUAUUGGUCGAUUGUCCAGGUAUUGAAAAUAACUAAUUUUGGUAUUUUGUAGGUAUUGAUAGAAUACCUCAACGCGUUAUUAUUUUGGUUUUGAGGACUGAUUGAGGUAUUAUUCAUUUAUGGAAAAAUCACUAUUUGUAUGGAAAAAUCGCCGAUUAUUAUUUAGGUAUUACCAUACCUGAAGCCAUUAUUCGCGUGUUAUGCACAGGAAACACAUCAGUUAUUAUUUUAGGUAUUUUACCUCUUAUGCAGGGCUUCUUAAUACCUCAUUCAGGUUGUAGGUAUUCGUUUUUCCAUACCUGAGUUUGUUAUUCUUCAGCUAUUUUCUUCUGCUCGGGUAGUGAUUGAAAAAUCAAUAAGACAAGUAACUUGAAAUUCUGAUUUUAAUCAAAAUCA